CCCAUUAGCAGCGUUUCAGCACCGCGGCGCCCUGGACAGCUCCUCCACUCCAGGACCAGAAAGCUGCAGGACAGAAAGUGGAAAAGAAAGAAUUUUGCUUUGCUGAUUAGUUUGUCGCUGGAACUUUUAAGUCACAGUUGAAGACAUGGAUGUUAAUCGACCGGCAAAUGUCUCCUUUUUCGAUUUCGUCGGAGGAGUUCAACUUCUCCAGGGGGAGGACACCAGAACAGCCAUGCCCGUGAUCCUGAUCGGGAUCUGCAUCUCCGGAGCGGUUGGGAAUCUGCUCGUUUUGCUGAUUUUCAUCCGUGACUUCAGAAACGGAAAGGGCUCCGAGGUGAAAGCGCUCCUCGCCUCUCUUGCCACCACGGACUUGGUGAUCCUGCUGCUGUGCGCCCCCGUGCGCGCCGUCACCUACUACAAGCAGACCUGGACCCUGGGGAGCUUCGUGUGCAGCACCACGGACUGGUUCCAGCACUCGUGUGUGGUUGCAAAGACUUUAAUCCUUGCUUCUACAACUCGAGCCAAACACACCGUGCUGGUCCCGAACUCCUUCUCCAGCCCGACGUGGAUCCACGGAGCCCUGGUGUUCAUCUGGAUUGUGUCCAUGAUGCUUCCGCUUCCUCAGAUGCUUUUCGCCUCGUUGGUGCCACACGGACGCGACACAAUCUGCGUCUCUGAGAUGCCGAUGUGCGCGUCUGACUUCAUGAGUUUGUACUACAAGAUUUAUCCAACUGCGACCUUCGUGGCCCCGGUCAUCUUCAUGAUCGCGUACUACACAAAAACGCUCCACGCCGCGGUGAACCACGCACCGUGCCCGCAGCACCAGAGCAAAGUCACCCUGGUUCUGCUGUGUUUGAGCGGCGUCCUGGGGCUCACGCUGCUGCCGGAGUGGGGGACUUUCACCUGGAUCAGACUCGGCUACAACAAACCUCCCGUGGGACUGAUCAUCUUCGCGCAGGUCCUCCUUUACGCGUGCAGCUCGCUCUCCCCGGUGAUCCUCAUGACCAUGUACGACGACGUGCGCCAGGGACUCGUCACCAUCUGGUUCAUCGCGACCUGCAGAGGCUCCAAGCAUCUCCCGAAAAACAACAACAACAAGAAGAAGUGUCCCCAAACGGAGGGAAACGGAGCGGAAGUCGGAGCCAACGACGUCGCCAACGCCGUCUCAGGGAACACGGAGAAGACCAUCCCGGACGUGGAGCACUUUUGGACAGGGCGCAGGAAUACGCAUGUGGAGGUGGAGCAGGAUCCGGUUCCGUGGGAGAGAGAAGAGAAGAUGUUGUAGUGGACCAGAUGUGAUCUUUUAUAGUGCAGUAGCUUGUCGCCCCGCAGUGCAGACCCUUGUUGACCGGCAGUAGUGGCCUGUGUGCUGUCGUGAGCUUCAUUAGAUUUAUAAACUUUAUAAAUGUUCCACACGUUUCUUUUUGUUCCUUCUUGCCUGCACAGUCCAGUGAAACACCUUUCUUAUUGUACAAACAUGAUGCCAAUGUAAAUAUCCAAGCUUUCUGACUGUGUGUGUGAUGCAUA